UUUCCUGUUGUUUCCAAUUUCCAAUAUCUGCAGUAUUUUGUCUUCAUUAAAAGAAAGUGAAAAGGUGCUACUUACUAUAAGAAAGAGGAAUGGGAGAUUUGAAGAGUGAGACCAGGGUACAUGUAACGCCAGACACACCUGGGCGACCUCCUGUCUCAAAUCCUUUUGAGAGCCCCAGUGAUUAUGCAACAUUGCAUGAACCAGUAGUCCCUAGUCCCUCUGUCUUCAAAUUAGUGAAAACACCUGAUUCACAGACACCUGGAAAAUUCAGAUGGUCCAUUGGAGAGCUUGCCAUCCUGCAUCCAAUUGAAAUUGAUCCAGAAGAUGUUCACCAGCAAUCUGCAUACAUGAGCUGCACCAGAUUAGAUAAUGAUAUUGAGGCAAGAAAACAAAAAGCCAUUGAAGAAUUUUUCUUGAAUAGUGUCAUUGUCCCUUCUCCUUGGACUCAACCUGAAGGGAAACCGAUUCUACAAUCCCAUCGAAUCAAAUGUUCAUCCUGGGAGAGGAAUUCUUCAGUUAUAUCGAAAGAAUCUGUUACAUUACCUGGGAUGCAUAAUGCAGCUUGUCAGACUAUGUUGUCCUUACCUGUAGACUUUGAUCUGGAGAAAAUAAUAGGUGAACAUUAUAAAUUGGAAGACGCUGCUGACCAAUCCCACGAAAGUCUGAGUGCAUCUUCACUUCGGAGAAAGCUGUUUAUUGAUGGUGAAAGAAGCUACUCUGAUAGCUCCUCCCUCCCUUCUCCAGAAGAAAGUCCAUGUGGUGGACCUGUUCAGCCUCACAUAAAUCUAAGGUCAUCGGAUUCUUCACCAUUUCGAUGCAAGAGCCCGACAAAAACUCCUAGUUCUGGGCAAUUUUCAUCAAGUCCCAUUCAAGAUGCUGUAAGAGCGUGCAGUUUAGGGAGCCUAACAAGCCCCAUGUUCCCAGGGAAAUCAUCACCGAAUACUGCAUCACCACCUUUGUCUCCGAUUGAACCUCAGCUUGACAAAAUGCCAGUUUCAGAAGAAAGGAGCUUUACUUCCAUGUCUCCUGUUGCUCCUGCUGCAGCUAUUUUAGAUGGGAAUUUUGACCACUGUACAGAAUCGCCUUUCAUAGAAGGAUGUUCACCAAUUAAGAUGUGUCCACCUAUGAAUCCCAGACUUCACAGUGACCUUUGUCACAUUUCUCCUCAAAAGUUAACUCUUCAGCAUGAACACAAAAAUGAGGAGAGAACCCAUUCUCCAGUACAAGAAAUAGAUGCAGAAGUGUUCUCUUUAUAUUUAGGAGCAGAAAAUAAAACAUGUCUCAAUCUCUCGGAUGUCAAAGAAAAUAUAAUAGUGCUUCAAGAUGAGAAUGAGGAUCAUACUGUUGAUAUGGCUGACCUAGGAGCACCUGAAGGCAAUGAUAGCAGUUGGGUAAAAGAAUCAGAAGGCAAUAUUAGUGUUCCAAGGACUAGCUCGACUGGAAUUGCAUUUAAUGUGGAUAGCCCUCACAUAUAUAUGUCACCUCUUGCAGAAAGCAGUGCUAUUCCUUCUGAGAGCAUUAGUAUGCAGGCUGAUAGUGGAUAUAAUACACAAACCACUUCUGCAAGCAGCCUAAUGGAUGCUAUUGGAACAGAUAGCCAGCUCGGUAAAGAGCAUUUGGAAAUGCAAUCUCUAGUUGGAACUUUACCUUCAAAUAAGCUUAAUCUAAAAUCUAAGGAUGUCCUUUGCUCGGAGUGUAAAGAGAACAAAGAAGUUAUGGGAUUGAAUUUGGCUGCUAAUUCAAAUAAACCCUUUCAUAUCAGUAGGCUGCGUUCAUCAUAUGAUAUGGUGCUGAGCCAGAACAUCUGCUAUCUGAAUGCUUGGAAAAAUCCCUGUGAACAAACACUCAAUAGAAUUUUUCAAAAGAAUGCAAAAUAUUCUCCAUCCCUACUACGUGAUGAGAGACCACGUUUCAUAAAACAACCUCUUGAAAUGACUGUGGAGGAACCUGAGCCCAUCACUGAUAACCCCAUGCCUGUGUUUUAACUGAGUCAUAAUACAAUAUUAAGUAAUCUUUGUUGAAUUUGAAAGGAUUUAAAUGAAUUUGUAAAUGCUACAAUUGGCUUGAUUAACCUGAAAACAUCUGAAGCGCAAUUAGAAUGAGUGACAAAGAACUUGACCAGCACUUCUGAAAACAUUAAUUGCAUGUAAUCAAAAAGAUGCUAUUGAUAAAGUUCCUGAAUUUACUGAUCAAUUACCCAUAAAAUCAUGCAUUUAAAGCAGCAGCUUCAGUUUAUGCAUUGUUUUUUCACUCAAAUUUAUGCAUAAGCAAAAAUCCCCAAUAGUCAUAGUUGUCUUAUGGCCAGGUAUAUAGUGUAUUUUUUUUAUGUAAGAAAAUAAAGAACUUUUUGAACAAAAUCUAAAAUCGGUGGCCAUUUACCAUCCCUUCAAUGACUUGUCAUCUGGCUCUGACUAGAAACAUUUAAAUCAGGACCUUGGUAUUUCUAAGAAUUGUUAAAUGAGCUUGGAUGCACAGAAAAGCUGGUACAAUCAAGUUUAAAUUUAACAUUAAAAAUAUACUCUAUAUUCUCUUUAAAAAAAUUGCUCUGAAUUAAAUUUUUAUUAAAUAGUAAGAAAAUCCAAUGUUUACAUUUUAGACCUAAAUGUUUUGUAACAGUGGUCUACUAGCAAUAUUUUAUACAUAAAUGGAACUACACGUGCCUUUUUAAAAUCAAUAUUUAAUAAAAACAAGUUUCUAAAUCCUGUGCUUUAUUUUCUUUUUACCUUACACUUGAAUGCAUAAUUUAUCUUUGCAUACUGCAAAAGUAAAUUUCAAAACUUUUACAUAUACGUAGGAGAGUUGCAAUAAUAGUUUACAUAAUCCACUCAUUGUAGAAAUUUAAGUUCACAGAGAAAUCAUUUUAAAGACCCACAGCAAACUCAAUUUUAAGUGUUUAAGAAAACAAUCCUUGUUUGUCCAUUUUUCUGUAAGUUGUUUUCUCAUGCAAACACAAAUUUUCCAAAUCUUCCCUCCUCUUUUGUUUAUCUGCAGCUCACCUGUUAAUGUUGCUGCUUAAGGGUAGGACUGUCAUUUUAUUUAAGGAACACUUUUAUACUCUGCUGUUCAAUUAAAGCAGCAUCUGUUUAACAGAUUAGAUCAGAUGUGGCUCAGUUUAAUUACUCUUUAAAUUAUCCAUUAGAACUCCAUUUAUUUUGCCAUUUAUCUGAAUUAUAAUACAGGAAGAUCAGAGAUAUUAUUUUGAGCUCACAAUCACAAUUCUCUUGCUUUUAUAUUCUUUCCAUACAUGUUUAAGCAGAAGAUGGUGGUGCAGAUCCCUGGCAUUAUGUUUGACCCUGAAUUGAGCUUCAAAUCCCAAAUUCUAUUAUUUUACUUUAAUCUCAAUAUUGACAACACUGGCAAUAGCCCAUCCAAUGAGGUGGGGUUGGAAGGAGUUCUGGCACAAUAACAAUAAGCAAUUUAUGCAACAGGUCCCGACAGCAUAUCGUUUACCUCGCCUAGUUAGAAGGGGUCUCUGAAGUAAUGAAAAUAGAAUUUGUGACCAUAACUAGAAACUGUACUUGGUAAAAGUGGAUUUCUCCAAUAAAAUGCAGCAAGUGGAAGUUAAUUAUCAUUUGUAACUGAUUUUGCAAAUACACGAAUCUCACUAACACUCUGCCAAGUAAUCAUUUAUGUGGUGUCACAAUACGGUCCACAUCUACUCCUACCUUCGUAUGCUGGUACCGUAAACAUUAUCACUUUUGUAGUUAAUUUGAUUAUUCUAAUCUCUUUCAUUCCAUUCUCCAGCGAAUUCAAUUUGUUCUAAACAGAGCUUGAGAGCUAAGGAAUAAUCAGCUAACAUUUGUUUUCUGCAUGCUGUUAUUACAGCCUCCCUACUCCCCUUCACAAUAAGUGUCCUCAUAUUUCAUCACACCAAUCUGUGCAUUUCCAGCAUUUUGUCUUUCCUGUCAUCUACAAAAUUUUCCCAAACCGAAUACUUUCUAAGUUACCAACUUCAUGCACUCUUUGAACAACAAAAAUUACAACAAAGCUUCAUCCACUCUCAUUAUAAUGCAGUUCCUACGAGUUCAACAUGGGAAUACAAUGCUGCAGUGGUAGUGCCAUUUUACUAAUAAUUUAAAGCCCAGGGCUAACACCUGAGGGACAUGGGUUGAAAUCUCACUAUAGCAGGUGGAAUUGAAAGUGAAUCUCUGUAAUGGUGCUGUGAAAUUACUAAUAAUUGAUGUAAAAACCCACGUAGUUAAUUAAUACCCUUUAGCGAAAGAAAUCUGCCAUCCUUGUCUGAUCUGGUCUACAUGCAACUCUAUUUCUGCAGCAAUGUGGUUGAUGUUUAACUACCCAAAGGCAGGUGAAUAAAUGAUGACCUUUCUAGUUAAACCUACAUCCAAAGAAAAGUGUAAUUAAGUGUAGAUUUUUUAAUUACACUUUUCUUUGGAUGUAGGUUUAACUAGAAAGGUGUAAUUAAAAAAUCUACAAUCUAUAUUUGCAAUUAUCUCCAAGACAGUAAAGGUACUUUAUUGAUGAAUCAGUAGCUUUUUCCUAGCUGUACUGACUGAACAUCACCUUUGUACUGUAAACUAAAAUAAGAGUCGAAGGCAUUAAUGAUGUAGUCAUAUUUUGUGGUUUCUUCAAUUCCGUUUAAUCAGAUUGCUGUCAGCACUCUGGCUGAUUGCACACUUUUUGGAUACUGAUUGAAACUGGAAGUGGUCUGGUACCUUGUGAAGCAGCAGCACCAAUUAGUCUAGUGCUUCGCUUGGAUAGGGAGAUGGUGCUGUAGUGGAAAUAUCACAGGACUAAUAGUCCUGAGCCCAAGGCUGCACUUGUAUUGCAAAAUAGGAGCUCUACCUGGAUCAUGAAGUUAUUAUCUUUGGUCAGGAAACAAAACUCCAAUGGAAAUUAUUGAAAAUUAAAUUUUAGAAGUUUCUGGUGCUUUUUUGCAUGUUAAGACAUAGCUAAGAGUAACUAGUGCUGGACAGAAUCUGUGAACACCAGACAGGACAUAACAGAAUAUCAUGAGAAGUGGGUUCAAAAGUCAGUACAGUUGAUAUCCAAGUAUCAGUUUCUGAAGACCUAGAGAUGCUGAAUUUAACAGAAGUUGCAGAAAAUUGGUGGCUCUUUGUUUUAUAGCCAAGGCAGUAGUAAAAGACAAACUCACAUUUAUGUAACAUUUUCCAAAACCACAGGACAUCAGAAGCACUGUCAAUUUGUUUUCAGUACAUAUUUUUCAUGUAUUGUAUAGACUGUGUAACUUAGGGAACAAUUUUACAAUACAUGUUGGUAAGGCAGGGAUUUCCUGCAUGCAAGUUUGGAUUUCCCAAGCCCUUACAGGAUUAUCCAGGUUGUCAGAGAACUUAGAAGCAGGAUAUUUGAAUUAUUUGAACUGUUCCAUAGUCGUCAAGAUGGAUUCAGAUAGGAUUUGAAUCCUAAUAUACAAAAUGAUCAGAGAUCCUAUCCUACAUUUACUAAAAAAACUCAGACAACAAGUGUGCUGGCUGGAUAAUUGACUGUGAUAGAUUUAGAUUCAGGUGGCAAUUCAUACAAUCCUUUCAUUUCACCUUUAUUGUACCUUCUUCACAGUCAUUUGUUGGAUAGAAAUUGAAUACUGCUGUAAAAGUACUGUUGAAACUUUUAAUCUUUGCACCUAAUUUGCAAGUAGUAUCAAACCAAAGGGAAAACACAUUGUACAGUAUAAACGUUUUCCCAUUACUGUGACCGUUCUUGCAAAUUGUCCUAAUUUUGCUGUUCCCACUACUAAAAGAAUAAAAAUGUAAUGAAAAUACUGUUGUUUAAUGAAAGGAUUAAAGUCAGUUUACAACACUUUUUAAAAAGAAACUUUACUUUUCCACAUUCUGUUGCAGCAUUUUAAAAGGAGAAAAAUCAGUGCAAAAUUGGAAUUGAACUUGCUCUGCUUAAAUUGUUGGACAUUUAGCAUGGAAGUUAAUUUGAAACCUUCGCUUAUAGCAAACAAUUCUUUGAAGUGUGACCAGGGUUAGUUUUUAAAUUGGUCAUGUCAUGGUCUUCAAGAGACAAAUCAGUGUGAUUACUGUCAAUGUACUGCACUUCUUGCUGCAGUAUAAAGACCAAUCUAAACAGCUUGAUAUACACAU